AUGGAGUUCCUGGAGCAGGGCCAUUUAAUCUCAGACCUGCAGCACGGCUUUAGACAGAACCGCUCGUUUCUUUCCAGUUUAUUGCUCUCGAUGGAGCAGUGGGCUCGCGCACUGGACGAGGAUGGGAGGGUUGAUGUCAUAUACACAGACUUUAAGAAGGCGUUCGACAGCGUCCCACACAAACACCUAAUCUACAAACUUUCUGAAAUUUGGAUAAGAGGAACGCUGCUGACAUGGAUAACAGAUUUUCUUACCGGGAGAUCGCAAACCGUGUGCAUUGAGGCCUCAAGGUCAACUUCUUCUCCCGUUCUAAGUGGUGUACCCCAGGGCUCCGUCUUAGGGCCGUUGCUAUUCCUGAUUUACAUUAACGACUGCGUCGACGACCUGGGAUGCAGCGCCAUCAUGUUUGAUGACGAUGGUAAGCUGUGGAGACCCAUCAGAUCUGAUGCAGACAGGUACGCGCUUCAAGACAGUCUCAACCGCCUAAACAGUUGGUCAGCUCGCUGGCUCCUCAAUUUUAAUGUGGACAAAUGUGUGGUCCUGAGACUCCGCACCAGACGGACCAGUAAGGAGGACGAUUCCUUUCAAUACGUCCUUGGUGGUCAGCCCCUUUCAAAUGUUGUGGAACAGAAAGACCUGGGCGUCCUAAUGACCUCCUCGCUGAAACCAUUAUCACAAUGUCAAAGGACAGCCAAAAGUGCGAUAAGGGUGUUAUUUGCGCUGAGGCGAGGAUUUGUGCAGAUCGAUAAGGAGCUGUUCGGAAAAACCUAUGGGGCAUUCGUCCGGUCUCACUUAUAGUAUGCAGUCCAGGCCUGGCGACCGUGGUUAAAGAAAGAUUAUCAACGACUGGAAAGAGUACAGGCGAUGGCUACGAAGAUGGUCAAGAAUCUUCAUCAUUUGCCUUACGAAACCAGGCUGACCGAACUAAAUCUGUUUCCUCUAAAUUACAGGCAACUGCGCGGCGAUCUCAUUCAAACCUACAGGAUAGUCAGAAGCCGUGAGUGUGCCCUAGACUUUGAUGAAUUUUUUGAAUUGGCCCGGACUGACCGUCUGCGUGGUCAUCCGUUCAAACUGCAAAGGAAGCGGGCUCAUUCGGACGUCCGACGGAACGCCUUCUCUCACAGGGUCAUCGGGGCAUGGAAUGGACUCCCUGAUGCCGUCGUUCUUUCCGAAAGUGUCAAAUCCUUUAAGUGCAGACUAGACGCUCACUUGUUGAGAACCAACUGUACAUACAAUAAUGAUUGUUUUAGCGGCGGCAGUUUGCGCCUAGCUCACACUUACCGCUAACUUCUUAACUUUUCGCAUUUGCUGAUGUAAUUGAUGACUUUAUUUCUGUUUAUCGAUAUGAAUAGGGAGCUCAAGGGCGAAAGCCUCAUUCCCUUAAUAAACUGAAUUAAACUUGACUUAAUAUCUAUAAGAUCUUCGAAAUUGCGUGGAGGGUGUUUAUGGGCCGAAAGGCAUCAAAUGAUGUAGAUUGGCCAUGCUCGGGAAUGAGCAAAAUGUGUGAUUCCUACCACAAACUAUAAUAGGUUUCACUUUCAAAAGCGAGAUUAGAUAUCUUGCACAGGACAGACGGGAAAAUUUCAUUUGCAUCCGCUUUUAGAAUGUUACCUGGGAUACCAUCAGGUCCAGCGCUAUGAGACUGACGAAUAUGCAGAAUCGCCACAGUCACAUCCCACAGACUAAAAGUUAUAGUUUCGAGAACUGUCCCGGUCAAUGCUUGGAUAGUCGGAGGCGGAGCGGCCGGGCUUUCAAUAAACGUUUCGGACAGGAAAACCCUGAAACUAUCAGCUUUCAACUGGGCAUCUGCUAUAGGAUUCCCGAAGGCGUCUCGAAGAAUAGGCUUCGGCGUCUUUCUGUGAGUUCGUACUUUUCGCGAGAAAAGUUAAGAGGUAUUUAACGAGCGCUUUUCGGUGUAUCGAGCCUCUUCGGCUACCAAUUUUCUUCGAACAAUCUCUUAGUUGAAGGGUCACAGAAAGUGCGAUUACUGUCUCAGUUUUUUCAAUCGGUUUUUACGGAAGAGUCCCUAGAAGACAACCAGAAGUUUGAAAUGGACCGAGACAGCCGGGAGCUUCAAAUGCGCCAAGAUAUUGCCGUCAUUAAAACCGUCGCCUUUUCCGUGGAAGAAGUCAGACGAGUCCUCAGUCAAAUAAAACCUGAUAAGUCUCCUGGACCUGACGGAAUUCCCGGGCUGAUACUUAAGGAGCUAUCAACGGAGCUGUCAAAGCCUCUUUCGACUCUCUCUGAGCUGUCAAUGAGAACAGGAAGGCUGCCCUCACAGUGGAAGACAGCUAACCUCGUUCCAUUGCAUAAGGGAGGUAGCAGGAUGACAGCAAGCAGCUUUCGACCUAUUAGCUUAACUUGCCUCCCUUGCAAAACGAUGGAAGCUAUAGUAAAGAACGCUAUACAGCAAUUUUGUGAAGAAAAUAACAUCUUGCAGGAUUUUCAACAUGGCUUCCGGAGAGGACGUUCCUGCCUCUCAAAUCUGCUAGCUUGUCUGGAAAUCUGGACCAGGGCUCUAGAAGAGGGUUUUGAGGUCGAUGUCGUGUACAUCGAUUUCCGCAAAGCUUUUGACACUGUCCCACACCAACGUCUUCUUCACAAAUUUAGCGACAUCGGCAUCCGGGGAGAUCUUCUGAACUGGAUUAGGGCGUUUCUGGUUGGUCGGAAACAACGUGUCUGUAUCGGGGAUGAUAUGUCAGAAUGGGUGAAUGUGACCAGUGGUGUGCCGCAAGGCUCAGUUCUGGGACCAUUGCUCUUCAUCCUUUACGUUAACGACAGCCUUCAGGAACUCGACUGCGGCAAAAUAAUGUUUGCAGACGACGUUAAGCUCUGGCAAGUCAUUAAGGGUCCGAAUGAUCAGAGAUACCUUCAAGAUAAUCUGCACCGUGGUCGAAGAAAUGGCUUCUAG